AUGAUUGGUGUGCCUCCCUUUUUUUGUUUUACGGAACCUGCCGUUCGGCAACUGGGACCUUGUACCUUCGGUAAGGAGGCCAAGGCUGGGAUAGAAGGGCUAGGGUUUGCUUCCUCUUCCUUCGUUAAGGCUGAGCUGGCUAGGAGGUUUUGUGUUUUUGGCAAGGUAGCUGGGCUUUUUAAGUCUAGCGAAAUUGAAAGUAGCUGGGGCUUAGAGCAUCCAGCCAGGUUGAGUGUUCAAGGAGGGGUCGAGUCUGCCAUUGAUUCCGGUGAGGUGGGGCUGAGUUCUCUUUGCCAUUGGGGCGGUUUGGCUAGGAGUUGGAGCCGAUCCGGAACCGGUUGCCGGAGUUUCGGCAAGGUUUCGGCUGUCUCAACCAUUUCGGCAGAGCUGAGCUUUGGGAGCUGGGCAGAUCGGGUGUCUCCCUUUCCGUCCGAACGGUGCUUGCCGUUCGGCAAGCAGAGAUUUGAAGGUGCCUUGAGCACUUUGGUUGAGCUGGGCCCUCGGCUUGGGUCACGUUCGAUAGCUGAGCUCUUGGGCUUGGCCUUUGGUGAGUUUAGGAAUUUGCGGUUACUUCGGCAAGUGCCUGGAGUUGAAGCACCAGUUUUGAGGAGCUGGGUGCCUGGAAAAAUUGUUGGUGCAGCUUGGCGUUGGGUCUUUGCUGGGUUCGAGCUUGGUGGUGUCGGCAAGGGUUGUGUCAACAAGGGGCCGGGCACCGUGGCUGAUUUUGAAGAGGGACGUGGAGUUGGUGGAGCUGGAGCUGUGAGGGUGGAUCGGAAAAUUGAGAUUCCUUUGUUUUUUUUUCUUUUUUCGGCGAGAGUCUUGGAGCUGGGCAGAUUUGAUAAGUGGGUACCUGGGCUUGGGAGGCUGGGUGCCUUGAUCAAAUUGCUUGAGGUAAGUCUGGGGCUGAAAUUUAGAGCUGGGCCUUCGGGAAGAAACAGCUGGGAACUUUGUGAAGCCCUCGAUUUUCUUGCUCAACCCUUGAUCAAAUUGUUUGACUCGUUCCGACUUGAGCUGGUCGUGCUUCAGCAGCUUGGAGCUUGGCCUGGGCAAUCCUUGUAG